AUGUACAUCCUCCACGAGGGCGACGGAGCGUGGGACGGCACCAUCAUCAACCGAAAUAACCCCCAGCGACGAGACGUCAUCCAGGUCCGUGGCAAAGGCCAUGUGGUGAUCCAGUUCGACGCCGCCGAUAACCCAGGCGUCUGGCCCUUCCACUGCCACAUUGCUUGGCACGUCUCCGCCGGCCUCUUGAUCCAGUUCCUCACGAACCCGGACAAGGUCGAGAAGUUCAGGAUCCCCAACGUCGUCGCUGAGACCUGCCGCCAGUGGGGCACGUGGACGUCGACGAACAUCCCAGCCCAGAUCGACAGUGGUCUUUAA